UGACUCUCCUUGGCCAAGCUCCUUCCCUGUAUCUGGAUUUGACUUGCUUUUUCUUCUCCUAUCUUAUCCUCCAAAAAGCCUAUGGGUAGUUAUGAAGGUCCUGUCGCUUUCUCCCUCUUCCUCUCUUCUCACAGUGACCCUGUGGGCCAAGGUGACAUGAGAUAUCUGAGCUGCAUUGGUUGGUUGAGCAUCAUUGUUCAAGAAGUAUUUAUUGUUUAUUUAGAUAUUAUGAAGGGAUAGGACAUACCAGAUGAAAGAUGAUGCAGCAGAUUUGAAGCGCGAGACUUGGAACUUGGCAGCCCCAAAUCAACUUGGGUUAAUUCAGUUCUCCAAACCCUAUCUGAACACUCUCAGUUCCCUGGCCUUGUUGCAGCUCUCUGACCCUGGAAUCCUCUUCAGUUGCAGCUAAAAUGCUGCAUCAAGUACUUUGCAGAUUUGGUCAAAAGCUGGUAUGCAGAUGUAAGCUGGAACAACCGGUGGCUGAGGAUGACCCAUCCAGAAGCCUGAGCACUCUGGAUUUAGUGGCCCUGGGUGUGGGCCGCACAGUAGGUGUAGGUGUAUAUGUCUUAGCUGGUGAGGUGAUCAGCAAUCAAGCAGGACCAUCCAUUGUGAUCUGCUUCUUGGUGGCUGGCCUAUCUACUGUGUUGGCUGGGCUGUGCUAUGCAGAGAUUAGUGCCCGUAUUCCCCAUUCUGGCUCUGCAUAUCUCUACACCUAUGUCACUGUAGGUGAAUUCUGGGCCUUCGUCACUGGCUGGAACCUCAUCCUUUCCUGUGUUGGUGGUAUAGCCAGUGUGGUCCGAGCCUGGAUCUUAGCUUUUGCUAGCCUGAUUGGGAUCCAGAUCUUUCAGAAACUGCAUGAGAGCAUUGCACCAUAUGUUCCCCAGGUCUUUUCAGAAUACCUAGACUUCUUUGUUGUGGGCCUUGUGUUGUUGCUCAUUGGAUUGCUGACUCUGGGGGAUGAGAUUUUCCUGGUUAACAAAGUGCUCACAUUGGUGAGCCUUUUGGUUCUUACUUUUGUCAUCAUCGCUGGCUUCAUUAAGGGGGACCUGCACAACUGGAAGCUCACAGAAGAGGACUACGUAAAGGCUGGACUCAAUGACACCUCAAGCUUGGGUCCUCUGGGCUCUGGAGGAUUUGUGCCUUUUGGCUUUGAGGGGAUUCUCCGUGGAGCAGCUACCUGUUUCUAUGCAUUUAUAGGUUUCAGCAGUAUUGUUACCAAGGUUGACAAAGCCAAAAAUCCCUGGAGUUCCAUACCCACGGGCAUUAUGAUUUCACUGUUCAUCUGCUUUUUGAUGUAUUUUGGUGUUUCUGCAGCACUUACACUCAUGGUGCCUUACUACAAGCUUCAACGUGGCAGCACCUUGCCUGAGGCCUUUCUUAAUAUUGGCUGGGCCCCUGCCUGCUAUGUUGUAGCUUUUGGAUUUAUCUGUGGUUUUCCUGUCAGUAUCUUAGGCUUUAUGGUCCCCAUACGUCAGGUGAUAUACAGGAUGUCAGAGGAUCACCUCCUGUUCCCUGUCCUUGCCAGGAUCCAAACAGGCAAAUACACCCCCAUCAUGGCCACUGUGAUCUUGAGCAUUAUUGCACCAAUCAUGGCCUUCUUCUUUAGACUCACUGAUCUUGUGGACCUCUGGUCACUUACUUUCCUGAUAGCUUACUCCCUGGUGGCUCUUUGUGUUCUCAUCAUCAGUUAUCAGCCUGAGAGGAGGAAUGGGGGAAAUGAAGCAGAGAUGCAGGAGGAGAAUAGACCUGCAGAAGACAGGCUGACUCUACAAGGACUACUUUUUCCAGGCAGCUACUCCCCAACUCCAUUCUCUGGCCGGAUUGUCCAUGUUUGCUCCUCACUCCUUGCUCUGCUUCUCAUUCUUCUUUGCCUGGUGCUGGCCCGGUGGCCAGUUCUGCUUUCUGGAGACCCAGUGUGGAUUUCAGUGGUUGUGCUGCUCCUGGUGCUCAUCACUGGGAUCACUGGGGUCAUCUGGAGACAGCCACAGAGCCCCAGUCCUUUUCCCUUUAAGGUUCUUGCUCUCCCUCUCCUCCCACUACUGAGCAUCUUCAUGAAUGUUUACCUUAUGAUGCAGGUGACAGCUGACGCCUGGAUCUUAUUUGGUAUCUGGAUGUUGAUUGGUUUUGCCAUCUACUUUGGCUAUGGGCUCCAGGGCAGCCUGGUCGCUAACCCCACUUAAGUUACUUCCAAAACUAUACCUUGAACUCAACAGUUCCAGUACAUAUUUGGUUUAACGUCAUCACACUGAAAUGCAGUCUUGUCCCCUGCACAAUUAUGUAGGGUACUCUUAGCACACGGAAAUCUAGGUUUGCCAUGGGAUGUUGAUGUGGGGGAACACUAAUAGAGCUUGUAGUUAUCGUGAAGUGAA